GUGAAGCCGUGUUUUACUCCGGUUGUUGCCUCCAGAUAGGCAGGCUACGAGGUCAUUUAUGUCAGGUUCGUAUCACAAGGACACUUUCCAAACGCUGAAAUACUGCUGUUGUCGGUCCAAAAAAGAAGGCACAUGUGUCGACCAUCCAGGGUCCCGACUGACCCGAGCCCCGAACCAUCCUGCCACCCAUCGCUCGGCACACUCGGCGCACUCGGCGUACUCCCAGUGGCCAUUGACGGACAUGGAAAAUCCUACCCACGUAUUCAGCCUACACAAUGGGCUUUUGUGUGGUUUGCCCUAGUUUAGUCACUCAUACGCAAUGCUGACUGGGGUUCGGACUGCGAGGGUGUCUAGAGAGGCCCAGUUCACUGCCAACCGCCAUGUGAUCCGAUCGGAAAAAAAAUGACCGUCGCCGUCGGUGAUCACCGGUCUCAAGUGGUAAGGAGUGGUGCAAGGAUGACUCCAAAUUCGCGCCAGGACGAGAUGAAACCAGCGAUUGAAUUCGACCGUCUUCAGUGAGGGCGUCGAGCAUGCAAGUUCAUUCACCCGCAGGCCACCCACCCGCUUCAAACUUGGACCUACUGCUUAGCGCAAAAAUCAUCUUCUUGCCCGUGACGGUUUUGGAGUUGGGGAGACGGGAAGCACCGGCGGUUUUGCGACUCCAACGCCGAUGCUAUACAGAUUCACCGAAGGCUCCGCGAAUGACCUCAGUUACGCAUGGCCCGUGCACCCUGUUAUGCACUCUCUCAAGUUAUGCCUGCUGGUGGCAUGACGAAGACUCCCACACACAGAUCGACGGCUAGUCUUUGCAUCACCUUCCGAGUCGGAACUCGAGGCUUUUGUCAGUUUUUCUUUUCAA